AUGUGGUCAUUCAAUUAUCUGUCUAGCAACCUCAGUUCUGCCUUUGUUGGUAACUUGAUAAACACCCAAAAUCAAAUGGGAAAUACUUUCCUCAACUUAGCUCUUCUUAUCAUCUUCCAUUUUUCUAUGCCUACUUUCUCUAUGAAAUUAACCACCAUACUUACAGAUCAAUCAGCUCUUCUAGCACUAAAAGAUCAUGUUAUUCGUGAUCCUGAAAAUGUCUUGACAACUAACUGGUCAGCCUCUUCCCCCGUUUGCAACUGGUUUGGUGUAAGUUGUGGAUCCAAGCACCGUAGAGUCACAGCUCUAGACCUUACUGGGUUGGGAUUCGUAGGCACCCUUCCACCUCACUUGGGAAAUUUGUCAUUCCUUUCUCUUCUUUAUGUCUCAAAUAAUAGUUUCUAUGGCGGAUUACCUGUCCAGUUAUCCAAUUUGCGACGGCUGAAAUAUUUAAGCUUUGGUAACAACUCCUUCAGUGGAGAAAUCCCAUUAUGGUUGGGAUCAUUAACUGAACUUCGAAAGUUGUUUUUGUACCAAAACAACUUCAAAGGUGUUAUUCCAUUCUAUUUAGGCUAUUUGUCAAAGCUAGAGAUUUUGAGCUUGUAUGAAAACCAGGUUUCAGGUUCAAUACCCUCCUCUAUCUUCAAUAUAUCUUCGUUGCAAAAGAUUGAUCUAAGCGAUAAUAUGCUCUCUGGUUCCAUACCCUCUGUUCCACGUGCUUUGCUUUCGCUAGAAUUGAUUGAUUUCUCCUCCAAUAAUCUCAGUGGUCAUAUCCCAAAAGAUAUGUUUGAUCACCUUCCAAAUUUGAAAGAAUUGUUCUUGAGUCUUAACCUGCUUUCUGGUAGAAUUCCUGCCAGUCUAUUCAAGUGCAAAGAGUUACAAUUGUUAUCUUUAGUGUAUAACCAAAUGGAGGGGAGCCUACCAAUAGAAAUUGGGAAUUUGAGUAUGCUUCAAUACAUCUAUAUUGGUCGGAACCACUUUGAAGGUCAUACAUGCUUGCUAACCAUUUUUUAA